CCCGCGGGGGCGGGUGCGGGAGGCCCGUGUGCAGGGCCCCCGGGGAUCGCCGCACAGUUGGCGGCGCGGGCGGUGGGCUUCGUGGAGGCCGGCCGGGCGCACCGACCGCCGUAGAUGGCGGCGGCUGUGACCAGGCCCCUCUCCUCCAAGCUCAGCUGGAAGUGAUCUGGGGCUCCCGCGGCUGGAUUCCUGGGUUUUAUCGCCGGCUCAGGCCGCACUUCCUCCAGGGCCGGGUCUGCGUGCGGACCCUGUGCUUUAAAGGCUUUAUGGUAUUCAGUCCUCAGGACGGCCAAGGGGGAAAGCACUGUUUUCUUCCCCAGCCAGCAGGAACCCGAGGCGGAGAAGGUGAAGCACCGGGCCCAAGUUCACGGGCAGCGGCAGGACCCUAGGGCUCAGCCGGUCCCUGGCUCUCUCCAUGCUGAUGCCUACCUUCUCCCGCUCUCCACGCACACUGGGUUUUGCUGCUUUCUGGGCUCAUCCGCCACGUCGUGGGUGGGGGGAAGGGUUGGCAGCACCUUGCCCGCUUCCCCCUUUCCUUCCCCAGCCUUCGCUGGUGGGGGCCGCCUGGGCCUGGGCGCUCGGGGCAGGACCUGCCCGAGGCCUACUAGGGGGAGGGGAGCCGCCAGAAUUCCAGCAGAAAGAACCCCGUAGGCACCAGCAUCAGCAGGACCCUUUAUCUCCUGGGAAGGAGAAGAGAUAGCCUCUUGGAGGACAGAAAAUGACAUGAAAUGUGGGUUGCUGCGAAGCCUGCUCAUGACCUUACAGGUCAUCCAUCCCCCACCCCAGGGCCUGCUCCGAGUUUGCUGUGCCUGCAGCUGGCUGGCUGCCCUUGUGCUCUGCAGAGUUUCCUGGUGUUUCUCCGGUACCAGUGUUACUACGAGUACCCGCUGCUCACCUACCUGGAGUACCCCAUUCUCAUCGUACAAGAUGUCCUCCUCCUGCUGUGUGUCUUCCAUUUCAAUGGGAACGUGAGAGGGGCAGUGCCCUACCUCGGGGCGUUUGUGGCCUCGUGGUUCGUCCUUCCCCUGCAGAAGUGGACCAUAGAUCUGGCCAUGAAUCUGAGUACCUUCAUCAGCGCGGCCAGCAAGUUUGCCCAGCUGCAGUACCUGUGGAAGACCGGGGACUCGGGAGCCGUGAGCGCCCUCACCUGGAGCCUCGCUUCCUACACCUGCGCCACAAGAAUAAUAACAACUUUAAUGACCACCAGUGACCUUACAAUUCUCGUGCGGUUUGUGAUCAUGCUUGCUUUGAACCUGUGGGUGACAGCCACGGUGCUCCGCUACAGGACGGCGGCCGUGAAGGCUGAAUGAUGGAUGCGUUCCUCCUACCAAAGGGAUUCCUGACAACUGACCCAAGGGGAGAAUCAGCACCCGGCUGCAUCAAGGUCUUCUGUAAGUUUAGUCAGUUGUUUCAAAAACUCCGGAGCCAGAGGUGUUUUAGACACUGGUUUAGAAAUGUUGAUUCCCUCCUUCUCCUUGGCAUCAGGAGGGGAGGGAGGCAGGGCUCCGAUACCUGCAGGCUGAGCAGUGCACGAUUCAGUUCUCUCCAAAGAGCUAACGACAUCUGGUUUUCAGCUUUCGGAAUCUUAGAAGGAAUAAAUCCUCUCCAUAGCACACAUGAUUAUGAAUGGAUUUUUUCUCGAAGUCAUACGUGGAAGUGUUGUACAUUUCUAAGGCUCACUUUCUGGGGCCGUUUGUCAUGUAGAUGGAACAGGCCGGCCUCACUGUAUCAGAAUACACGUGUAGCUCCUUGGGCUACGGUACGGGUAUCGAGGGAGGCUAACAGUGGCUGAAGUUCCUAGACCAAAGUCAGUCCUUUGAUUUUCAUUUGGUGCCUUUAAGUAAUUCCUUAAGGAGAGGUACUGUUAGCUGCAGUCUUUGCUUAGGAUGAGGCAGUCCCAGUGAACUUUCUGAUUCAAGCGUAACGCUUCCUUUUAGAAGCGUCUUUUAGAAGGGUCACGCCUUUAGAAAAAACACCACAUCUUGUCCACUAAUACCUACAGUAAAAGGGUAUUGCUGGGUUCUGGCAAGUAUUUACGGACUUCAUUCUGUCAUAUUCUAAACAUGAUGUCAAGAUUACUGGACAUUGCAUUUUACUGUAAAAGUUUAUAAACCUUAAGAUUUAAGGGGCGCCUGGGUGGCUCAGUGGGUUAAGCCGCUGCCUUUGGCUCAGGUCAUGAUCUUAGGGUCCUGGAUC